CUCCAAUUAAAGAACUUCACGACAAGGUGAAGUCGUAGUUGGUUUUCGUGGACAACACACACAGUCUCUCUCUCUCUCUCUCUCUCUCUGGGUCGUAGUUUUUGGUGGACACGGCCUGAGAUCCCUCUCUCUCUCUCUCUAGAAAAGAGAAGAUUGUCGCGUUGCAGAGGCUUCGUGCUAGCGCUGGAAUUCGAAUUUUUCUGGCGCGAAAUCAAAAUGCUCCUUUUGUAUUUUGAUGGACAAUUCAAUUUCUGAGACGGCGAGGAGAAAGCAAUUCGUGUCGAAGCACGCAGAGGGAGCAGAGAUGGCGAUUUCGAACAAUACGAGAGGACUCAUUCUCGGGGUCCUCUCGAGUUCUUUUAUUGGGGCGAGCUUCAUAUUGAAGAAGAAAGGCCUCAAGCGUGCUGGUGCUUCUGGUACUCGCGCAGGAAUUGGAGGAUAUACUUACUUGUUAGAGCCACUCUGGUGGGCAGGCAUGGUGACAAUGAUUAUUGGGGAGGCCGCAAACUCCGUGGCUUAUGUUUUUGCUCCAGCUGUUCUAGUGACCCCAUUAGGUGCAUUGAGCAUAAUUAUCAGUGCGGUUUUGGCACACUUCAUGCUGAAGGAGCGACUGCAGAAACUAGGUGUUUUGGGAUGUGUAUCAUGUAUCGUUGGUUCAGUGGUGAUUGUAAUCCAUGCACCCCAGGAACGUACUCUAAAUUCUGUGCAAGAAAUCUGGACUCUGGCGACUCAACCUGCUUUCCUAUUUUAUUCAGUAGCUACAGUUACAACUGUAUUAGUUCUGGUGCUGCACUUUGAACCUCGUUAUGGGCAAACGAACAUAUUGAUCUACUUGGGAAUAUGUUCUCUAAUGGGUUCAUUGACGGUGGUAAGCAUAAAAGCCAUUGGAAUUGCAAUAAAGCUUACACUAGAAGGGAUGAGUCAGAUAGCAUGUCCUCAAACAUGGUUCUUUGUUGCAGUUGCAGUCAUCUGUGUCAUCACACAAUUAAAUUACCUUAACAAGGCAUUGGAUACUUUCGACACAGCAGUUGUUUCUCCAAUUUAUUAUGUAAUGUUCACAACACUUACAAUCAUUGCGAGUGCAAUAAUGUUUAAGGAUUGGUCAGGUCAGAAUGUAAGUAGUAUAGCUUCUGAACUAUGUGGAUUUAUUACUGUGCUUUCUGGGACGAUCAUACUGCAUUCAACUAGAGAACAAGAAGUAACUCCUGCAACAGGUACCUAUCUGGGUGGAAAUAUUUCAUGGUAUGUUCGCAGUGAUUCAACAAAGAGUGUAGAAAAUGACCAUUUCAUAGCCCUUCAGAGUUCAGACUACUACGAUUAGUGCAGUUCUUGAAAUUUUGGUUUGUGAAAUUAUGAUUCACUGUGGACUAAGCUGAUGCUUCAAGACAAGAUGAAUCCAUUGUGCGGACACCUCUUGGAAAGAGGGUUGGUUUAGAAUGAUCGCUGGCUUGCAUUCCUCUUGACAUAUUUUUGUGGAACCAAGACAAAGUUUGGGACGCCGAUGCCAAAAUGGUUCUUGAUCAUGAGAGGUCGUCAUAGGUACAAAUUGUGAUGGCCAAGUAUGCCUUCGUGGUAAUUUGCAUUUGCAGAUAUGGCCUUCAAUAGAUUGGAAUGGUGAGACAGGAAUCUUGUGAUGACCCAACUAAUGGGCGUGAGGUUUAGUUGUAUGAGUUGAUGAUUGUUCUCGUAUUUGUCCAUAUGAAAUCAGUGAUUUUAUUGAAUAUUUCUGUGGAAUAUGAUAUUUUUUUUAGAAUCUUUAAUUUUUUAUGUUUGACUA